AUGGUUGGAGACCACGCAGCCAACUUAGAAAGGCACCUGAAACGCCACCACACAGGCGAAUACAACGCAGUGCAGAGCAAGAAGACCAAGAAGACAGAAGAGAGUGUCAGGAGUGCUCCAAGCAAACAGCAGAAAGUCUUAGAGGAGCUGGCCCUUCCAGAAUUCCUGAAGCACUCUGCUGGCAACUCCAACAAGACCUUCCACACAAGGAUGCUGCCUGGCCUCUACCUGCCUCCUGUGGACCCCACAACCACCUUGGAGGAGCUGGAGGCCGCCCACCUGAGCUUCCGAAGCUUCCGCUACCAGGAAGCAGCUGGGCCCCUUGAGGCCCUGGCCCGGCUGCGCCAGCUGUGCCACCAGUGGCUGCAGCCUGAGGCUCGUUCCAAGGAGCAGAUGCUGGAGCUGCUGGUGCUGGAGCAGUUCCUGGGGGUGCUGCCCCCCGAGAUCCAGGCCUGGGUUCGUGAGCAGCAUCCAGGCACCCCUGAGGAGGUGGUGGCCCUGGUGGAAGGCCUGCAGCAUGACCCUGGGCAGCUCUUGGGCUGGAUCACAGCCCAUGUUCUAGGGCAGGAGGUAUCUCCAACACCUCAGAAAGCCAAAUUAGCAUCACAGGGUCACCUCCCCUCAGGCUCUGCAGAACCCCGUCUUGCCCUGACAGAGGGGCCUGCCCAGCUCAACUGCAACGUGAAGGAGGAGCCAGAUGCCGACAGGCAGCAGAUAGCUCCGCCUGUUCCUCUGAUUCCAGCCCAGGGACCUGAGAGGCACCUUGAAUGUCAGAACACAACCUCUACAUCGUUCCUUCCUCCCAGGAUGCAGGAGUGGGGGCUGCUAGACACAUCACAGAAGGAGCUGUACUGGGACUCGAUGCUUCAGAAGUAUGGGACCGUGAUCUCUGUGGGAGAUGAGGGCAGGAGCCUCCUGGAAGCGCCCGCAGCCUCCCCAGAGGUCUGGCCUCUGCAUGGCCCAGCCACCAUGGAUGUCCCAGUGCCGCAGGCCAGUGGUGUACAAGGCUGGGCCGCGUCACCCGGGCCUGGGUUGGAGACACGGGCACCACUCAGGAAACCCUAUAUAUGUGAGCAGUGCGGCCUCGGAUUUGAUUGGAAGUCAGUAUUCGUCAUCCAUAGGCGAGCACAUGCAGGGAGCCAGCCGGCAUUUGGAAGUGCUGAGAGACCACCACCAAUCACUCCAGAGCCACGGUCGCGUCCCUGGCACAUCCCCACUGGCCCCUUCAGCUAUCCUUGUGAGGAGUGUGGAUGA